AUGUCUCAGGGGAAUGUCCAACCCACGAACAUGAAGACUAAACAAGAGAUGGAAGAGGUACAACAAUCUACAACAAACACUUUUUUGUUACUUCAAAGAUUGUGUGGCAUAUACAAGUCGUUUUGUAACACGUGUACACAAUACCAACAAAAACAGAAUGAUCUCUUAAAAGCAACAGACGUGUUUUCUUUGUCAUUGGAAUCCCUUGGAGACACUUCUCUCUCAACAAAACCCAACGAACAACUUCACCCGGAUAUCAACGCGGGUAUAACAAAUGUCAUUACUGUUUUAAGUGUGUGGAAGGACGGCAUCAACGGGAUGAUGACUGAAGUUGGCAAUUUAGUAGCAUCUGUGCAGCACGACUUAACAAUUUUGAACAAAAAAAUCGACGAACAACAAAAAGACUUGAAAAUGGUUAAAGCAAAGAGGCAGGAAGAGGUUAAGAAGGUCCACAAAAACGUCGAGAGUAUUGCCAAAAACCAAAAAACUGAUCCGAACCCCGAGUCGUUGGCGGAGGCAAUGAAGGCUGUAUCUGUAUGUGAAAGUGAAGGCCAAACUGAGGAAAUGGGUGCGUUGGAAAAGGCGUUGAUAUUAUAUCGGUACACGUAUAUUGACUUGUUUGCCAAAUUGAAAAUGAUGUUUGUGGCAAAGUUAGAAGGAGACAUGAAGUCGCAAGACAUCUUGAAAGUUGGGUUGGAGUGCACUGAAAAGUCGAUCAGAGUUGCGAAACAAAUACCUCCUAACUACAGAAACCAAGUCUCUUUCCAAACCCAAUUAAUGAUUAACACGGCAUGGCUGUCACCACAACUCAGAGACGUUUUAAAGAGAGCCGGGUUCAAACCAAGCUACUUGUCAAAUCCAGUGUGGGUCGAGACACUUAUGGAUACGGUCAGACUCGCCGUGAAGCAAGGAAAGGUCCCUAAAAUAUUGUUACAACAACUUGAAGAGUCACAAACAACAAAAACCAACAAAAGUGCAAGCGACGAAAAAGAACAAAAACAAAAGAGGCAAAAGAUUGAGAAACCAAAGGCACCAAAUAACACAGAAACAAAAGAAAAAGAAAAAAAGAUUCCAUCACAAGAUAUCAAAAAAGAAAGCAAACCAAAUACUCAAAUCGUUGAAACAAAAAAGGAAGAACCAAAGAAAACUGAACCAAAGAUUGAACAAAAAUCACAAACCACUGACUUUGUGUUCCACUUUGGAAGAAAAUCAAAUGUUAAGAAACCCGAACCAAAAAAUGAAUCAUUAAAACAAGAACCACGAAAGGACGAACCGAAAAAAGAAGAACCAAAAAAGGUUGAACCUCCUCAAUUGAUACCAAAAAAAGAAGAACUUCAAAAACAUGUCGAAGUAAAAAAAGAAGAACAAAAUAAGGUUCAACCAAAAGUGGAAAAAGCAAAGGAAAUUAUAACUAAAGAAAAAAUCCCUCCUACUAAAACUCCUCCUCCCCCUCCAAGUACAAAACCACCCCCUAUUAAUUCUUUAAAGACACAAACAAGACCGACACAUAAAGUUUCUCAAUCAAUUGACACCACAAAAUCUAAAAGAAAGUGCGUCAACUAUAAAGGUCCUAUCGAUACAUCGACAACAACAGAACGUACAUCAAUACAACCACCUCAACUCACAAAACAGGCUUCAAAUCCAAACUUACUCGAACCGCCUCAAAAUUUGAAACCACCUACGUUCGACACACCAAAGAAUGCAACAACAACAACACAGAGCACUGGAAGACAGGAUUUACUCAGCGAUAUCAGAAAGGGGACAACCCUUAAACCCCCAACAAUAACAAAUGAUAAUACAGUCACUGAUGAUCAGUACGACGACUUAUCUAUGAUGCUCAAGAAAGUGAUUGACGCAAGAAGAGACGACAUUUGCCCGAACGAAGAAGAGGAAGACUCUGACGAGUGGAGUUCGUAA